AUGGUUGAGACUGCUGUCCGCUUCUACACGCCCAACGGCGUCAUGCACUUCUCACCUCGUGCUACAUCACCUCCUCAUUAUCCAUCUCCACCACCACCUCCUCCUUCUGGCCAUCCUACACCGUCAAUCUCACCACCCCCACCUCUUCUUUCCACCAUUUCGUCCCCUUCCAAAAGACAAAAGACCACUGCAAAGAUGUCAGAACAUCGUGCUGGUCUUGUGACAGGCCUGGCCAACUUACUGCGAACCGGCGAGUUUUCUGACCUCGAGAUUCUUUGCGGCGACAGGCACCUUUCGGUACACAAGAACGUCAUCUGCUGCCAGUCAAUGCCACUCAAAGCUAUGUGCACCAACGGAAUGAAGGAAUCCCAAGAAAGCGUCAUCGACCUCACCAUCGACACCGAACCCUGCGUCUCCCGCCUCGUGGACUUCUUCUACCGCUGUGACUAUGAUGAGCUCGGAGAUGACUGUGAGGACGUCAGUACCGAUGACGAAGACACCGCCGCCAACAACGACAACGUUGCACAAUGGAAUCUCGGGAGUGGCAAAGAUGACGCUGGAACCUAUAGCGACGACGCCAGUAGUGACGACUUUCUCCCUGUCCCUCUGAUCGUGACUCCACGCCAGCUCUCCUUGCACAUCGAUAUGUACGUCCUCGCAGACAAGUACGACGUAUCUUCUCUCGCCGAGCUUGCCAAGAAGAAGUUCGAAACAAUGGCUGAACAGUCUCGCCCUCUUCAACGAAAGGAGUGUUUCUUUCCUGCCUUGGAGACGGUCCCUCGCAUCUACGCCGUCACGAGCGAACACAACAGAGGGCUUCGGGACGUAGUCGUCGAGUACACCCGUCUUCAGCGCACGAAGUCAAACAAUAGAGACUCGUUUAUGUUUACGGACAAAGUCGAAGAGCUUUUCGAAAGCGUGCCGGAGUUCGCGGCGGAUGUCUUGCAAAGCUGGCUUAAAAUGCCGUACCUGGGCUACUGCGAGGAACAGGACUGUGGGCGGAUAUUGCGCGAACAGAACAUCGUUUGCGGGUCGUGUGGCGAGUGUGGGCGCAACAAGAACAGAAUUAGAACUCGAGAUCCGUCAUCUCAAUCCCUUUGGACCGCCUUGGAAUAG